CCUGGGGGCACUGUUGUUCCGCAGUUAGCGCUGCACGGCUGCGGCACCACAGAAGAAGAAGCAGCUGCGUUGUUGCAUGUCCGUGACGAUGGCGGCCGCGUUGAGAGGAAGCCUGGUAACAUUGGUCAAGGGCCUGAGCGGCCCCCGGUGGCAGCAGCUGGCAUCUCGACCACUGAGUUUAUCUGCUGGUCUCUGUGGUCCAGAAGCCCCACCGGCCCGCGCAGAUGCUACCUUCAAGGUCACGAUGGUACCGGGGGAUGGAGUGGGACCUGAGCUGAUGACUGCUGUCAAGGAAGUCUUUAAGGCAGGAGAUGUCCCGGUAGAAUUUGAGGAGUUCCACCUGAGUGAGGUACAGAACAUGGCCAGUGAGGAUAAACUGGAGCAAGUCUUGACUUCUAUGAAGACCAACAAAGUGGCCAUGAAAGGAAAGAUUCACACGCCCAUGGAAUUCAAAGGGGAACUGGCUUCAUAUGAGAUGAGACUGAGGCGUAAACUGGACCUGUUUGCUAAUGUGGUUCAUGUGAACAGCCUGCCGGGCUACAGCACUCGCCACAACAACCUGGACCUGGUCAUCAUCCGUGAACAGACCGAGGGGGAGUACAGCUCGUUGGAGCAUGAGAGUGUGACGGGUGUGAUCGAAUGUUUGAAGAUCAUCACCAGGGAGAAGUCACGGCGCAUCGCCAAGUUCGCCUUCGAUUAUGCCACCAAGAAGGGGAGAAACAAGGUCACAGCUGUUCACAAAGCCAACAUCAUGAAAUUAGGUGAUGGCUUGUUUCUGCAGAGCUGUGCAGAGGUGGCACAACUGUACCCCAAAAUCAAAUAUGAAAACAUAAUCAUUGACAACUGUUGCAUGCAGCUGGUCCAGAACCCUUACCAGUUUGACGUGCUGGUGAUGCCCAACCUGUACGGUAACAUCAUCGAUAACCUGGCAGCAGGGCUGGUGGGAGGAGCAGGAGUUGUUCCUGGGGAGAGCUACAGCGCAGAGUAUGCUGUGUUUGAGACUGGUGCACGUCACCCCUUUGCACAAGCUGUAGGAAGGAAUAUUGCCAACCCCACGGCCAUGCUGCUCAGUGCUGCUAACAUGCUCAGGCACCUCAACCUGGAAUAUCACUCCCAAAUGGUGUCAGAUGCUGUCAAGAGGGUCAUCAAACAGGGCAAGGUACGGACACGAGACCUUGGCGGGUACUCUACCACUGGCGACUUUGUGCGUGCUGUUGUGGAAAACCUGCGCCACCGACCUGUUUACUAAGAUGUUUCAUCACACUCCUCACAGACAUUUCCUUAAAUCUGGACAUUGUCUCAACAUGAACUGGACUCAUGUUAAGACCCAUCUCCCCUCUCACUGACAGUUGUUUUGACAAACACCAUCAUUUGCAUCCUAAUGUAUAUGGUUUAUACUGGGUUUGCAGAUGUUAACUUGUGUUAUACUUUACUAAAAAUGUGCAGCUCACGCGGCUUGAUCCUCUGUUGCCGCUCUCUGUAGACAUCCCUCUGUCCUCAUAGUCUGUGCCCAUCACUUCGCAUCUUUUUGCUUUUUCUGUUUUUUCUUUCCUUUUCAUUUGCUUGCGGUUGUUGCUUAAUUAUCUAAAUGUUUCAGACAUGUUGUACAUGUAGACUACCUCUCUGUUGUCACAUUAUUUGAAAUUCAAUAUGAAACAAACGACCUGCUAAUCUACUUUGACCUCACAGUUCACCAACUGACUUCAUAUUUUUUACAUUACUCAAAACUGAACAAUAUAAAGAUGGAAUGCUACUGUACCUCAGUUUAUAUUAUGGUAACACUGCUACAUCAUGACCCACUAAUAACGUAACAUUUCUGUCCUACAAGUUUCUCAUUGUUUUCAGUAAAACCCUGUUCUUCCAUUGCGGUGCUGUAAACACGGCUAAAGCCGUAAAGUGUUACUGUACAGCAAAGGGAAAAAAUUCUGUGAUAUUAAUAAUCCAGGAAGUAUUUUAACAUUAACAACUCUGGCAAAGCAAAAAUCAAGGAAAGCCAAAAAUAUUUAGACUCAAGAUAUAUAGUACUCUCAGGUAUUGUGCCAAUGUUUGUGAGAUCAUUUUCAGGUGUUUUACCAAACCAAGAAGUUUUAUAAUGAUUCUACAGUUUAACAGCUACAGAGGAUCUUCUAAUGUGAAGACCAUAAACUAGUCCUCUGUGGUGCACAGCUUCUACACCAGGCUGAAUUAUGAAAAUGUAUACGAUGGAUUAUCUGCUUAGGGCUUUUGUCGUGUGACAACAAAUGAGUAAAUGGGUCCUAAUUUUUAUAUUUAAACAUUAUAUCUAAGGACUAUUAUCAACAAGUUAAUAUUAGUCAUUGUUGUUCAUGCCACCAAUGCUGUAAGAAAUUAAAGCACUGCUGUAUCUCACCACUUCAUCUAUCAUGCUUUUCAUAGUAAUUAUUCUCUUUCAAGCCUGUUAAGCUGAUUUGUGGAGAAUGUUUACCACCACCAGUGUAAACGCUGUCAUGUCUUAUUAUGUUUAUCCGAUUUUGUUUCCAUUUUGUCCACAAAUCUUACAUGGAAAUUUUAUACAAAUGAAAGUUGGUUACAAUUGUGAUGGGGUUUUGAAUAAAUAACAUUCUGUCUUCUCUUCGUA